GAAAUGACGACAUCGAGAGACGCGUAUGAUUUCUCUAAGGCUUGUCUCUCUGCGCUGCGGACUGCUGUGUUGUUCUCAUCGAUCCCUUGAUGGGAUCUCCGGAUGGAGGAUAUACCAUGCAAACAGAUGAGCGAGAAGCGGGGAUCAAAGAACGAGGAGGUUGCAAAACAAGAAAUGGGAUUUAGCAUUUAUCUCCUAGCGCUAUACACUGCCACAUGCAAUAUGGCGGUGAGGUUUACGUACGAUUCAGCGCGUACUGUGCCCAGGUAGGUAGACAGGUAGACUUUAGGUAGAUAGAUAGAUAGAUAGAACGAUAGAAUAGAACGAUAGAAUAGAACGAUAGAUAGAUAGAUAGAUAGAUAGAUAGAUAGAUAGAUAGAUAGAUAGAUAGAUAGAUAGAUAGAUAGAUAGAUAGAUAGAUAGAUAGAUAGAUAGAUGGACCAUUUAAGAAAUAUCUGUUCUCUAAUUAAGUAAUCAGAAUUUAAUAUUAAAUAUUUUACACUUUGUUCUUGGCUUUAAUACGAGUCGGAGAAAUUUUAAUAUUUGCAACCUUAAUGAUAUGUCACUAUUUUAAAGCGUAAAUUUCCUAUAAUGAUUUGGUGUAAAAUCAAUUAAUUAAAUUAAUAUCGAGUUCGUAAAUUAAGAUGUUUUUAGAUUCUAAUCCAAAUGAGAUUAUGAUCUUUUUCUUUGCAGUGAUUUUAUAGGUUUUGGGUUUUAUCCCAAAUAGUCGACAUCAUAAUCCGAUCGAGUUAAAUUAUAAAGUUUUAUUAAACUAAAUUAAACUGAACCAUCUUUUGUGUAAACUACCACUAUUUACAGAGCAUCAUCAUAUUGCUAUCAGAAAUAAUAAUAAUAAUAAUAAUAAUAAUAAUUCAUUAGAUUUGUAUAGCGCUUUUCAAGAACCCAAAGACGCUCAAUGUCACAAAACGAUGAAAAAUGCAUAAAAACAUGGACAUAAUGACUUGACUAUGUAAUCUAUAAAUGAUAUAUUUUAAGUAAUUGCACAUAUGACUAUAUUAGAAGAUUGCAACGCAAAAGGCAAAGAUGAUGACGUUAGUAUGAUUUUUGUUGCGUCGUGAGUGCUUUAUUUAAUGGUGGUACAGUAAUAAGAUUAGAAAUCUAAUCCCUGGAGAGACAGGAAUAGCCCAUCGCUAUCCCACUCUAGACUAAGAAUAAGAGAAGAACCUGAGCAACCCGUGUCUUUACGCAGCCAGUACCUUCCCCUACGUUUCCAAACUCUUUAACAUUCCUUAUUCCUGCACUGGACUUGCCAUCUCGGUGAGGUGGAGAUUUUGAGAGACCGCAAUAUCCGAGCGGAUGGGCCCACACUGACACACGGAGAUAAUCUCAGGUGAAUUAAAUCAAGCGAGGCCAAAGGAUUGACUUGCCACAGGUCCAAAGAGAGAGCGAUAACGUCAGAGCCAGGGAGGUUGAUGUCCCGUAUUUCGGCAGCUUCGGGGCAUUUGAGCAUUGAGAUGGUGCUCACCUGAGAGUCACUUACAGGCUCUGCUAUGACUGUGGACAUCGGCCAAAGGGGAGAUUCUUAUGGCGUUUCAUGAAAGGUCCCAUGGGGGUGCUCUGAUGGAAUUCAUGAGAGCUCCCCGGGCAAAUUACACUAUAUUUGGAGAGGCGAUCCGCUAUGUCAUUCCGGCACAUAUGCAAUGUUCGAUCGGCUGUGGAGGUCAAGGCUGCAAGUAUGACAACCCAAAUUACUGGCGUGACGACCAACAGGCGAUCAAAGGCCUCUACUCGUCAUGGGUGACUGAACAUCUUCUCGCAAUGUCCAGGCCCUCGACUGAAGUCAUUGAAAAGUAUAACAUUAUCGAGCAGUUCAGAAGGAAUGGCAUCAAAACAGUGAUCAACCUUCAGAUACCCGGCGAGCAUGCAAGUUGCGGUAACCCUCUGGAGCCCGAGAGCGGUUUCUCCUACAAUCCAGAGGCCUUUAUGGAAAAUAACAUUUAUUUCUACAACUUUGGUUGGAGUGACUAUGGAGUGGCCAACCUUACUACAAUCUUGGACAUUGUGAAAGUCAUGGCCUUUGCUCUGCAGGAGGGGAAGAUAGCUGUGCAUUGUCAUGCGGGUCUUGGGAGAACAGGUGUGUUGAUGGCAUGUUUUUUGGCCUAUGCCACCAGGAUGACAGCCAAUCAAGCUAUUUUAUAUGUUAGAGCCAAACGACCCGGCUCCAUCCAGAUGCGCAGUCAGCUGAGCUGCGUCCGUGAGUUCGUCCAGUUCCUCACGCCCUUAAGGAGUGUGUUUUCUUGUACUGAGCCUCGAUCCCAACCUGUCACCUUGACUCAGUACCUCAAUCGUCAGAGACACAUUCUGCAUGGCCCAGAGAGGAAAGAAUUGAGGUACCUGCCGAAGAUUAUCCAACUGGUGUCCCGGCUGCUGUUGGAUAUCGCGGAGAAUCGCCAAGUGAUUGAGGAGGACAUUUUGGAGGCGCCGGACAUCCAUGAUAUUGAGAUGACCCUGAGCAUCAUUGAAAAGCUCGGACCUCAGUUGUGCACAAAGGAACCUCGUUUGCCAGGUUCCCCCACCUUACCUCGGCAUUUUCACGAACCACCCAUCUUCUACCAUCGCAAGAGUCUUAGUUACAGCGAGUCCGAUCUACGGCGUCUGGGCUCGCAGCUCAACCUCCUUACACAACCCAUGGGCUCGCUCUCGCAAGGUAAUGUGGCCAGGCCCGUUUCCCCGUCUGAACCCGGCCAACUGGUCACCCAUUGGAAGAGUUGGAAUAGUAAUACGACCGACAUCUCCUCAAGCUCAAGAGGAUCACUCUGGCAGGUCAAAAAUGAUGAAAAGAAUGGCUCUAUUUUGUUGAAGAAAGUCAAGCAGAUGCCCAUCCAACGAAGCGGGUCCGUCGGACACAACGGCCCGCACCAAAAAGAUAGCAUGCUCUCCAGAUUGAAGGCUGAGCAGAGGGAGGAAUUGGCAGAAAACGUGAGUAAGUCUCAGUCUCGAGAUGAGGAGCAGUCGGAGGUGCCGUACAUCACUCUGCAGUCUGAGUUGUCUCUGGAGGCCAGGAGACUGUUGGUGGCUCAAGCUCUGGCGGUUGACCUUUUUAUGGAUGGGGCAGAAGAGCAAAGGAACAAGGUGUUAACUUGGCAGGCAGAGCUGAAUCAAGGCGGUGCAUGGGAAAGGCUGUGCAUGGAGCGCGAUCCCUUUAUCCUCACAGGUCUGAUGUGGGCAUGGUUAGAGCAGCUUAAGGAGCCAGUCUUCUCCCUCCAGGACACCAUGGCCCUGAAGCCUGAAAACGCCGAUGCUCAAACUCUCUUCAACACACUUGGCCAGGCACCCAAAGAAACAUUAAUGUGCAUACUGGAAUGUAUGGCUCAAUUACUAAGUGCCGUGCCAGAAGAGGUUGAAGUUGCAUUUCUGAAUCGUACUAUCAAGGCUUUUACUUGGAUGGGAAGCAGUUCCACUGACGGAAGCCAAGUGUACGAGUCCAUGACUAGAGUCCUCCGGCUUGUCCUCGAGGAUAUAAGAUGUGUUGCCAGCAAAGCAGAAGAGCCUACAUCAUCUCCUUGAUCUUUAGUGUAGAUAAUAUACUACGUAUGGAAACACGGAGGGGACACUUUGUGCCUUAUAAUAAAAAUAUUUAUUCUGUCAUAAUUAUUAUUAUUAUUUGAUGUUGUGAGAUGAACACAAAUAGUGACAUGUACUGCCCUAGCACUUCUUCAUCCCCACACUGCACAGUUAACCCUAUGAAGAACUUUUUUUUUUUAUGCAAUGUUCUGCCUUAAGACCUGUCACAUUCAGCUCCAGGGCGAGUGAAUUCCUACACAGUCUUGUUAUCAUGCACAUUAGCGUAUCAUGUCAUCCGUUUGUAAAUAACCCCCAAAACCUCUGAAUAAAAGCAUGCAUAAUUUACGAUCAACAAAAAAUUCCUCUUUUUCGAA